CUCCAUCCGUUAGACGACUUUCCUCCCUUCGUCAACACAUUCCUCUUCCUCCUCUCAUCAAUCACACUCUCACACGCAACAUGUCUGCAAACGGUUGCCCAAUCAAGCUCGCCAACGUCGGCGGUGGUGGUACCCGCAACAGGGACUGGUGGCCAAAUGAGCUCAACACCAAGAUUCUGCGCCAGCACACCGCUGCUACCGACCCAUUCGGCAAGCAGUUUGACUACCCUGCCGCAUUCAAGAGCUUGGAUUACAAUGGCCUCAAGAAGGACCUCAACGACCUCAUGACCGACUCGAAGGACUUCUGGCCAGCAGAUUUCGGCCACUACGGUGGUUUCUUCGUCCGCAUGGCAUGGCACAGCGCUGGUACAUACCGUGUCGCUGACGGUCGCGGCGGUGGUGGUGAGGGACAGCAGCGAUUCGCUCCUCUCAACUCAUGGCCCGACAACGCCAAUCUCGACAAGGCUCGCCGCCUGUUGUGGCCAAUCAAGCAAAAGUACGGAAACAAGAUCUCAUGGGCCGACCUGUUCCUCCUCACUGGAAAUGUCGCCAUUGAGUCUAUGGGUCUGCCCACGUUUGGUUUCGCCGGUGGCCGUGCCGACACAUGGGAGGCGGAUGACUCCGUAUACUGGGGUGGUGAGACCACCUGGUUGGGCAACGAGGUCCGUUACUCCGACGGCAAGGAGGGUCUUACCGGCGAUGGUAUCCUUGACGGCGACCAGAGCAAGAAGCAGCACACCGACAUCCACGGACGCGAGAUGGAGGAGCCAAUUGCUGCUGCCCACAUGGGUCUGAUCUACGUCAACCCAGAGGGUCCAGACGGCAAGCCUGACCCAGUCGCAUCUGCCCGCGAUAUCCGCACCACAUUCGGCCGCAUGGCCAUGAACGACGCUGAGACCGUUGCUCUGAUCGCUGGCGGUCACGCAUUCGGUAAGACCCACGGUGCUGGUCCCACCGACAACGUCGGCAAGGAGCCAAACGGCGCCUCCAUCGAGGAGCAGGGUCUCGGAUGGAAGAACCAGUACAAGGACGGCAAGGGUCCUAACGCCAUCACAUCCGGAUUGGAAGUCAUCUGGACGUCUACCCCAACCAAGUGGUCGAACAAGUACCUCGAGUACAUGUUCAAGUACGAGUGGGAGCUCACCAAGUCUCCCGCUGGCGCACACCAGUGGACGGCGAAGACCGACGACGAGAUCAUCCCUGAUGCCUACGACUCGACCAAGAAGCACAAGCCAACCAUGUUGACUUCUGACUUGGCUCUCCGCUUCGACCCAGAGUACGAGAAGAUCUCCCGCGACUACCUCGAGAACCCAGACAAGCUUGCCGACGCCUUCACCCGCGCAUGGUUCAAGCUUCUCCACCGUGACAUGGGCCCUCGCUCUCGCUGGGUCGGACCUGAGAUUCCUAAGGAGGUUCUCAUCUGGGAGGACCCAGUCCCAUCCGUCAACCACCCUCUCGUUGACGAGAAGGACGUUGCCGCUUUGAAGAAGGCCAUCAUCGCGACCGGUGUCGAGCCAACUGCGCUCAUCUCCGCUGCAUGGGCAUCCGCCUCGUCUUACCGCGGUAGCGACAAGCGCGGUGGUGCCAACGGUGCUCGUGUCCGCCUCGAACCCCAGAAGGACUGGAAGGUGAACAACCCAUCUCAGCUCUCCAAGACUCUUUCCGCGCUCGAGGGCGUGCAGAAGGACUUCAACGCCUCCUCCGGCUCCAAGAAGGUCUCUCUCGCCGACUUGAUCGUCCUCGCCGGUUCCGCCGGUAUCGAGAAGACCUCUGGCGUCCACGUUCCGUUCACUCCUGGCCGCACCGACGCCACCCAGGAGCAGACCGAUGCCCAGUCUUUCACCCACCUCGAGCCAAAGGUCGACGGUUUCCGCAACUACGGCAAGGGCACCAAGCGUGUUCGCGCCGAGCAGUGCCUGAUCGACAAGGCCCACCUUCUUACCCUCACCGCACCCGAGAUGACCGCUCUUGUCGGUGGUCUUCGCUCGCUCAACCAGAACUUCGACGGAUCCAAGCACGGAGUUUUCACCGAGCGUCCUGGUGUCCUCUCCAACGACUUCUUCGUCAACCUCCUCGACAGCAACAUCGACUGGAAGGCGACGGGCGACGAGACCUACGAGGGUGUCGAGCGCAGCAGCGGCCAGAAGAAGUGGACCGCCACUCGCCACGAUCUGGUCUUCGGUUCGCACCCUGAGCUGAGGGCUGUGUCUGAGGUGUACGGCUCCAGCGACGGUGCGGACAAGUUCACCCGUGACUUCGUCUCUGCAUGGGAGAAGGUUAUGAACGCUGACCGAUUUGACCUCAAGGCUGGUCAGGUCAGCAGCGCGAAGUUGUAGAUGAUAUCACGUUUUGAGACGAUGGGAAGGAAUGGUUUGGGUUUGUGAAUAUGGUUGUAGCUAGAGCAUUACAGUUUUCGGGUUGUUGAACGAACAUUAUCAUACUUCA